GCUCGCUUGUGUUGGUCUUCAGUCUAGGGUUUGUUUGAAUCAUCUAGGGUUUAGGGCUUUCAGUAACGGACUUCGGUUUCUUAAGAAUUUUUGUAUCCCCCGCGUUCUCUCUGAUCGUUUUCCAAUUCCGGUUUUCGUAGAGUUUUGAUUAAUUUUACUUAGGGCUAAUCUGGGGCAGUUCUUAGACGGAUACGAAGUAGUUCAUCUUCUCGGUUUUAUUGAGAUCGAGCAUGAUGGGAACCGAUAGCAAUUUGGAAAUUUUGCCACCAAAGAAAAAGAUCAAGAAAAAUAAAGGCACGAAACAGGUGCCUGAGAAGCUGGAUUCGAAGGAAAAUACGAAAUUGAGCAAAUCCCAGAAACGGAAGCUGAAGAAACUCGAGGAAGAGAAGGAGAAAGAAAUCAUGUUUGCAAAAAGCGCCGAGUUGUUAGAGAAAUACAAAAUCUCUGAGGAUGCAUACUCACUUCUGCGAUCUUCAAAAGUCAUAGGGAGGGCAGAAACUAAGCUGGAAAAACGUCGGAGAGCAAUGCAAUUUUCUAAAGUUGGUCUGACUGCUCCACCUGGUGAUGAAUCUCUUGAGAGAAAUGAAGAUUGUCACUCUUUCAUGACCGAACCAAUGACACAAGAACAUGCUGAGAUGCCAAAUACAUGCUCAGGUUCUUCGUGUGUAACUGGGGAGUUGGUUCAUGCUCCUGAACUUGGUUCAGAAGAUGGACAUGAAGCGAAGAUGUCAAUUGAAGAGGUUUGUGAACAGCUUGGCAGCAACCCUACUCAAGAAGAAACUGCUAAUGUAAUCAUGGAGACCUCACCUCGUGGUGGUGAUAAAGGCCCAAAAAGAAAGGAUGGUUCAGGCCAUUAUGACGAUAUAGGUGCUAAAAGAAACAGCCAUCCCACGGAGUUCUCUGUACAGAGAACUCAUGUUGCCCCAUGUGUAGUCCAUGUUUCCAGACCAACUGAAGUCGAAGAGAAGAGGAAAGAUCUUCCAAUAGUGAUGAUGGAACAAGAGAUAAUGGAAGCUAUUAACUAUCAUCCGACAGUUAUUAUUUCAGGAGAAACAGGGUGUGGUAAAACCACUCAAGUUCCUCAGUUUCUUUAUGAAGCUGGUUUUGGCUCAAAACAGUUCAGUUCUCGGAGUGGGAUUAUUGGGAUUACCCAACCACGUCGUGUGGCUGUGCUUGCGACUGCCAAGCGGGUGGCAUUUGAGCUUGGUUUUCGUCUGGGCAAAGAAGUAGGGUUUCAAGUGCGUUAUGACAAAAAGAUUGGGGACAACUCUUCUAUCAAGUUCAUGACAGAUGGUAUUUUACUGCGGGAAAUUCAGAAUGAUUUCUUACUAAGGCGCUAUUCUGUGAUAAUUCUUGAUGAAGCCCACGAAAGAAGCUUAAACACGGAUAUUCUCAUCGGGAUGCUGACCCGGGUUAUCCGACUCCGACAGGUUUACUAUGAGGAGCAACAGAAGAUUCUGCAAUCAGGACGCUCUAUAAGCCCUGAAAACUCUAUCAUUCCCCUCAAGCUUAUAUUGAUGAGUGCAACCUUGCGAGUGGAGGACUUCUUGUCUGGAAGAAGAUUAUUCCCCGAUUUACCUCCCGUUAUAGAGGUUCCCACUCGGCAAUAUCCAGUGACUAUACAUUUUUCAAAGAAGACUGAGAUUGUUGAUUAUAUAGGACAAGCUUACAAGAAAGUGAUGUCGAUUCACAAGAAGUUACCACAAGGAGGAGUGCUUGUUUUUGUUACGGGGCAGAGAGAGGUGGACUAUUUAUGCCAGAAGUUACGUAAGGCUUCAAAUGAAUUGGUUGCUCGAGGAGCUAAAAGGGGCACUUCCACCAGUGUUGAUGAUUCUCCUCAGAUGAGCUCAGUUGAUGGUGUUGAUAUGAAGGAGAUCUCUGAAGCAUUUGGGGAUGGUUCCCAUCAUCAAAAUAACAGGUUUAAUUCUUCUGAGGAAGAUCUUUCCGAAAUGGCCGAUAGCUUUGACAAGUCUGAUGAUGUGUACGAGUCAGAUGAAGAAAGUGAUUGGGAAACCCUUGACGACAACCAAGGAGACAACUUUAUAGGUUCAUUUGGAGAGGAGGGGAAUCUGGAUUCACUGAAGGCGGCUUUUGAUGUUUUAGCAGGGAAAUGCCAAUCGAAUUCUACCAAACAGGGCAGUCCUGUGGUAGUUGAAGAAUAUACAGGGCAACCCAUUUCCAGUACAAAAGAGGUGGAAGAGGGAAAAGAUACAACUUCAUGUGGAUUGCGUGUUCUCCCACUUUACGCGAUGCUUCCUCCAGCGGCGCAACUUCGUGUAUUUGAGGAAAUCAAAGAGGGAGAGCGGCUUGUGGUUGUGGCAACUAAUGUAGCCGAAACUUCACUGACUAUUCCUGGUAUAAAGUACGUGGUCGACACUGGUCGGGUCAAGGUUAAGUCUUACAAUCCUUCCACUGGUAUAGAAUCUUAUGAGGUGCAAUGGAUUAGUAAAGCAUCAGCGAGUCAGCGUGCUGGGAGAGCUGGAAGAACCGGUCCUGGUCACUGUUAUCGCCUCUAUUCGUCUGCAGUGUUCAAUAAUAUAUUUCAGGAUUUUUCCCCUCCCGAAAUUACCAAAGUUCCAGUCGAUGGGGUUGUUCUCUUGAUGAAAUCCAUGAACAUCGAUAAGGUUGAGAAUUUUCCAUUUCCAACUCCACCAGAGUCGUCAGCAAUUAAAGAAGCAGAACGGUGUUUGAAAGCCAUAGAAGCUCUCGACAGCAAUGGAAGCUUAACCCGGUUGGGAAAAGCUAUGGCCCACUAUCCGAUGAGUCCUCGCCACUCAAGAAUGCUUCUCACUGUUAUUCAGAUGAUGGGAGAUGUCAAAAGCUACUCACGGGCCAAUCUCAUUCUCGGAUACGCAGUUACUGCGGUGGCUGCCUUAACACUGCCAAACCCCUUCAUCAUGCAGUUUGAAGGAGACAAGAGUGAGAAAAACGAGUCAGACAAAGACGAAUCCCUGAAACAUCGGAGAAAGGAGACAAGAGAGAAGAUAAAGGCAGCCCGUGAAAGAUUUUCCAACCCUAGCAGUGACGCUCUCACAUUAGCCUAUGCAUUGCAGUGCUUUGAGCUCUCAGAAAACCACACUUACUUCUGCGAGGCAAAUGGGUUGCACCUGAAAACCAUGGAGGAAACGUCUAAGCUCAGACAACAGCUUCUGCAAAUAGUUUUCAACCAAAACCGGAAUUCUGGUGUCGAGGAGGAAUUCUCAUGGAGUCACGGCAACAUAAUAGACGUAGAGAAUGCAUGGCGGCAGACCACCGCUCCUGCCAAAUACCCGCUUCUUCAGCAUGAGGAAGAGCUAAUAGGACAUGCGAUAUGUGCCGGCUGGGCAGAUCGUGUGGCCAGAAAGACCCGAGCCGCCGAAUACAAAGCCUGUGCGGUUCAAGAACCAGUGUUCAUACACAGGUGGUCAUCCAUUGCAAAUGCAGCGCCAGAGUUCUUGGUGUACAGCGAGCUACUACGGACCAAGAGAAUCUACAUGCAUGGAGCCACGAGGGUCAGGCCAGAAUGGCUGGUCAGACACGCAAGAUCUCUCUGCACGUUCUCUGCACCGCUCAAGGAACCGAGACCGUAUUACUCAGUGAAGGAGGACAAAGUUUUCUACUGGGUGGUUCCGAGCUUCGGCCCUCAUCUGUGGGAGCUUCCUCCUCACAACACGCCAGUGACCGAUGAAUUGGACAGUGCGGCCGUUUUCGGGUGUGCCCUUCUUCAAGGAGAGGUGCUGCCAUGUCUGAAGGAGGCGAGGCAGUUAAUGGCGGCUAAACCAGAGGCGAUGAUGGAAAGGGAGGCGUGGGGUCAGGAACGGAUAGGGGGACUGGUGAGAGAGCUGAAGGAGAGGAGGAUACAUAGCUGGGAGAAGCUCAGAGAGACUUGGGAUACGAAUCCAAAGGCUUUGUAUCGGGAGAUUGAAGAAUGGUUUCAGAAGAAGUUCCGUCAGAGGUUUGCAGGUUUCUGGGUGAGGAUGCUACGUGAAGCUCAGGCCGAGCCUCGUCAACGGUUUGGGAAGAAGAAGAUGAAGAUAGCGUCUUAAAUUUUCUGGCAAAUUUUGAUGGUUACUGCUGUGAUUGCGUGUAUUAUUAUCCAAUUCAAAGGGGGCUGGUUUUUUGGUUCACUGAAUGGAGAGUAAAAAGAAAUAUAGUUCAUGAGAGGACGACCUACUACGGGGUCGUUAUUAUUGGUCAA